AUGAAUCCUGAUCUCCCACCCAACGCUGCAUGGGCAGCCAAUGCUUUUGCUCCAAGAAAGAAGGGGCCCACCAUUUUGAUUACCACCAAGAACGGACGUUCGACGUUCGGUACUCCAGCUCCAGCUCCAGCUCCAGCUCUCCCCACUCCCGCAAACACACCUCCAGCGGUGGCCCCGCCAAAGCGUAGCAAUGGCACCCCGUUCUCAAUGGCAGGUAGCCUAUUCAACCGACCACCAACCUCUUCUCCGGCACCAGUUUCUCACCUUCCACCGCCAUACGUUCCAUCGUCAUUCCUUCCACCAACAGCGGCGGCUGCUCCAAUUCCAUACGGAAAUCUUCCUCCCUACGCCCCUUCUGCUCCCCCGUCUUUCCUUCCCCAGCUCCCUUCGGCACCAGCACCAGCGCCGACUUUCCCGGCUUCCUCUCCGUUUACCUUCCUCCAGCCCCCACAGUUCCCUUCCGCUGUCACACCCCCAGCGCCAGCGCCAAUGUUUGGUUCGGCACCUUUCUCCUCUUUUUCCCCUCCCGUACAGGCAACAGCACCAGCGCCGAAUCCUGUCGCUUCAAACCUCUUCUCUUCUACGUCGUUUGGGCAGCCCGCACCGGCACCAACAGUACCUGCGCCAAUGCCUCUCCCUCCUUUCUUUCUCCCUUUCUAUGCGCAGCAACAACCUCACUCACCAUUUUUCUCGCCGGUUUCGGCACCUAUCCAGUUCUGUCCUCAUCGGCCCGCCGCUCCCAUUCCCGCCGAGCCUCCUUCCCCUGAAUUUGUCUUUGAUUCAGAGAACCAGAGAAUCACCGAGGAAAUGGAUUGUAAGUUCUUGAUAUCUCCUUUCAUACCAACAAAUCACAUGCAGAUUCCCUAA